AACGAGGAACCUGACUUUGUCCUAGAAUUAAUUCUCAGAUGAAAAUACAUAUGUCCUGACCUUUGACCUAGGAAAAUGAGUUUGCACUUACUAUCAUAUCAACUACUAAGUUGCAUAGAUGCACCUCUUUGCUCUUCAUUGAGGAAAUUAGGAAUCAAUGAAUUAUGUGAGUACAUGAUUUCUUUACAAUAAUUACCAUCGUCACUUUUAAUCACCAUAGUCUUAGCUAACAGAAACAUGGAUGAAUAAAGAAAUUGGAGAAGCGUAGACCUAACUUAAUGAAACCUAGGCGAAUAAUUCAAAUGAAAGAGGUAAAUGAACAGUCAACAUUGGGCGUACCUUUAGGCAACAAUCUCCUGUCCCCACCCACUUGCAAUUUGACAAGUCAAGAGAAGGCACUUCCCAUCUGUACUUCCAUUUCUUUUUGGAAAGACUCUCGACCUCUUCAUCGGAUAAGUUUUUUUCUAAAUGUAAAAGAAAAGAACUGCAAGCACAAAGAUAUAGCGACUUUGAGAAGCUGCAGCAAAAGGUUAUUGAGAAGUAAAUACGAACAGAAAGACGAGCAAUUACAGAUGCUUUUUCAAGGACAAUAAUGAUCAACCACACGCAAACAAUCAGCACUCAUGCUAGAAACCAAAAGACGAUGACAGUAGAAUAUUUAGGUGCAUCUCCCACAAAGACAUGAGCAUGCAACAACGAAGAAUGACAUAGAUUAAUAUUCAGGGGCCAUGUGCUGACAAUAAUACCAUCAUCAACCUUAAAAGAAUUUAUCCAUUAAAUAAGAUCAAUCAUUAUUUAUAACUGCAAGACAAACAUAACCUGGUAACACCACGCUCCAGGAACAAUUAGUCCUUAAUGAGACAAGACUCCUAAACCCAGAGCAUAAAAGCUGGCUUUAGUAUUCAAUCAAGUAAAGAGUGUGUCUGCCGUAGAAAAAAAGGGGAUACAAUCACAACCUGUGCAACUUACUGAAUGCCGUUUGUUCGAUCAGUGCUCAUUAAUGAUGUCGUUUGUUCGAUCCUUGCCAGCGACAACUUUUUUUGCUUAUCUCCUCCUUUCCUAAAUGCCGCCGUUUUGCCCACUAAAAGUAAAACCCUACGAGCAGCUAAACUCGAUCCCUCUCCCGCGCAUGAGAAGAGAAGCAGCAGCGACAACCGCGUCUGCAACGGGAAGCAGCGAAGGCGAAUCCUUCCUCCAGCCGGCGAAAUCAAGCAGCAGCGACGCGAUUCUCCACCGUCGAAGAGAACCUACAGCCGGUCGCCAUCUCCCUCCUCCACCCGACGUUUCGUUCGAGCCUCUCCAUCGGACGAAUCCUCUCCUCUAGCAGCGUCGAAACAGCCGGCCUUCCCGCUCCCCAGCAGCAUCGACGAUCUCCUCUGCUUGAGGUUACUUUAUAUAUAUAUAUAUAUUAUUAUAACUAAUCAUCGAGCGUACUGUUUUGAUUUCUGUUUGAGUGUGGCUGAGCUAGGUAUUUGCUUUUUUUUAGUUGCAGACAAAAAGAUGAAGAGGCGAAAACUGAGUAAGAAGGUCGCUGUUUCUACGCCCCAUACCAUCUCGAACACGGAGUAUUGGAGUGAUGAUGGUAAUCGUUUCCUUGAGUUUCAGUUUAUGUUAGAUUUUACAGUCACUGGGUUUCAUCCAUACUGUUGUUAUUCUGUUCUUGGUCCUAUAUCAAAUUGGCCAUCUUCGGUAACUUGGAGAUCUAGAGUCUCAACUAAUAGUUGUUCUUCACUCAUGACUUCUUUAGUCUUUUUUUAGUUCAUUAAGAGUUUAUUAUGUAGGGCUCAGUUAGGAGUUUCGUUAAUCUGUCACGAUCUUAUCCCCCAGCAUAGUAAAGUGCCCUGCAGCUUGUGUACUGAAGUAGAGGAAGCAUGCAUCUUUCUUUGUACUUUUAGCAUCAUGCUGGUUUGAUUGCUUGUUAUGUGUUAGUGAAGUCUACUAAAUCAUUUUUGUUACUUAAUAUGUUAUAAAUGUAACACAUUAUGAUAAUGUAGACUUUUUGUUCGUUUAAGUGAAUAUCACCUUCUGUGUAACUAAAGGACUGUGCAUUACCCUGCUCCAUAGUUAAGAUGCAUUACCCUACUCCUCUUUUGCCGUUAUUCCUACAAAGGACUGUGCAUUCCCUUCUGUGUAACUAAAGGUCUGCCUUAAUUACGGAAAAGAAAAUGCUCAGGCUUAG